GGCUUUGGCAAGAAUCGGAAAGUCCGUUUUGCAUUUGGAUGCAAAUAACUUUUAUGGUGGAAAUUGGAGUUCUCUUAAUUUCAAAGAACUUUUGGAAUGGACUAGAUCUAUUCAAGGAUUUGUUGAAUCUUCAGGAAACGAAAUCAGCCAAGAACGUAUUGAGGGCAAAAAAGCCUUGAUGUCCAAUUUUACAAAGGUACGACAACAAGCAUAUUCAACAGUUGAAUAUGAUAUUUAUCCAAUUCCUAAACAAGCGGAUGAUAUUCUCUCAAAGCGCUAUAAUUUGGAUUUGGCACCAAAAAUGGUACCUUGUCGUGGAGAGAUUAUUGAACUCUUGAUUAGUUCUGGAGUUGGAAGAUAUCUGGAAUUUAAAGCAAUGGAUAAAACUUACGUUUAUUCUGCAGAUACGUUUGAUAAGGUUAGUUACAAUAUAACAAUAUAUAGGUGGGACGGUGGGACUGACUCUGUUGAUCAUCCCGUCCCAUGUUCUAAAGAAGAUGUUUUUACCAACAAGUCCAUUACUUUAAUUGAAAAGCGUAAAUUGAUGAGAUUUUUAACUUUUGCGUUAGAUUAUACCAAUUCUCCAGACACAUAUAAAGAUUAUGAAGAAAAGUCUUUUACUACAUUUCUUAUUGAAAAAUUCAAAAUUGAUGGAAAAUUAUUAUUGGCCGUUUUAUAUGCGAUUGCUUUGAUCCUCAACACCAUACAAGGCUUGGAAAAGACUCAAAAAUAUCUUAAAUCACUUG